AUGGCAUUAGAAGUGCAGAUCAGCUAUUCAAUCGCGCCAAAGUCGGUCACAGACCAGCUGACGGGCAAGUUUGACGAAGCCGUGCGUCUGCGAAAAGAGGGCCAGUUGCCAUCAGCACUCGCCAUCUUCGAGGAGGUUUAUGAGGCGCGUCUAAGGGAGCAAGGCGCCAAUAAUCCCGACAUGCUCACAACGCUCCACUAUAUUGGGAUGGUGUGCAACGAGCAGGGUGACUAUGCACGCGCUGAAGCUGUAAACCGUGAUGUGUUGGCGAGACGAGAACAGGUCUUUGGCUGUGGCACUCGCCAGACUUGGGGAUGCCUAUUCAACUUGCUUUCGGUUUUGAACAACCAGCUGGCCGCUCUAGCUACCAGAGAGUUGACUACCGCCACCGACAAAAAUAUAGCUGUGACUAAAGCCAGCGAGGCCGAGAUUACUGCCCGCCAGCUACUCAUAUUUUUGGAGCAAGGCAUGGGAAAAGACUCCCCUCCGGCAUUGGGUACGCGACGGCAGCUUAUUAGGCUAUUGAAAAACCAGGGACGUGAUGCAGAGGCACGGCAAUGUUUAGACACCGUCCUAGUGCUGGUGGAGUCUAUGAGCGGGCCAGCACGAGAUGAUGAGCUUGAGGCUAUGCGAGAGAUACAGGCGGAACUUGAAUAUUCGAACUAG